GGAGAAAUUGUUCGUUUUUUUUUAUUCCGCGAAUAAUCCCUCGGCAUCUUCGUCGCCUCUAUUGCGCGGUCGUACACCAAAAAGUCCCCCAUUCUCCCCCGAACUUUCCCCUUUUCCCUUUUACCUCUGUGGAUAAUCGGGGCCGUGGAUUGAUCGCCUUCUUUAUCUAACCCUAACCCUAACCCUAACCCUCUUCUCCUCUUCUUCUUCCUCCCUUUCCCGUCCUGCCCCAUCUAAGCGCAGCGCCCCCGCCAUGGCCACGGAGGAGGACCAGCCCGAGAUCUCCCCCUCGGCGCAUUCCGUGGAUCAGGUGGGUGGCGAUGGGAAGGGGAAGGGGAAGGGGAAGGGGAAGGCGAUGGGAGGCGCCGAUUCGGGCGCCGCUGCUGCAGAGGGGGUGGAUUUUGGGUUCUGCGCCAUUUGCUUGGAGAAGAUACUGCUUCAGGAGACGGCCCUUGUAAAAGGUUGCGAGCACGCUUACUGUGUGACAUGCAUUCUGAGAUGGGCAUCGUACAAUCAGAAGCCUUCUUGUCCCCAGUGCAAGCAUCCAUUCGAGUUCCUGGAUGUUCACCGCUCACUUGAUGGCUGUAUUCAUGACUACAUGUUUGAGGAGAGUGUUUGCCUUCUCCUGCGAGCCACCUGGUUUGUGCCUCUGAAGGUGGAGGCCCAAGAAGAGGCUCCUGAAGAAGUCGAACUCUUUUAUCAAGAUGAGUAUGACCAGGAUGACGGUGGCGAUGAUUUUGAGGAGUCUUACUACAUGGGCAGCUCAUCAAGUGUUCGAAUUGGUAACAGGAGGUGGGGGGAUGGCGGCUUUGUGAGGUCGGGAAGGAAGCAAGCCCGACCUGUCAUACGUCAGCAAAUUGACAAUGAUGAUGCCGGCCCAUCCCGAUGCCCUAAGAAGGAGAAAGAGGCUUCUAAGGACGUGAUGGGGAGGCGCGCUAAAAGGGCUUUAAAGCGUGAAGCUGCGGACAAGGCAGCUGCAGCAAAGCACCAGCAGCACCUGCAGAGGCUGGGGCGCAUAUAAUCAUCCUUGCGAAGGAUGAACUUGCAUAUCCUUUCGGCCGCAUAAUAAUCUUCUUUUUGGAAGAACUGGGAUGCGCCCUUUGUAUAAUUUGGUCACCCUGCCGCUUGUGUACAGGAUCUUAGGUUUGUUGUUAGUUCUUUCUAGUUUCAACAUGGGAAGCUAUACCACAGCUCUUACUGAUCUAUGCGGUUAUAUCUUUCCUAUUUGAUUAUGUCUAGUACUGUCCCAUUGAUUUUAGGGUUCGGAAUUGCUAGUUGUUAAGGUCGUUAAGUGACUAGACUCUGCGGAUGAUUAAGCAGAGAAAUUUCUCUCAACUGAGACCUUGGCUGGUUGCAACAGCAAGAUGUACAGGAUCAUGAUGUUCUUAAAUUGCUCUAAACUUGAAAGCAGUUGGCCACUUUGCUUAAAUAGAAACUGAAUCCAUGACCAUUUUCUUUU